AUCGCGGGGAUUUUCCGGGAUGCGCUCCCAAAUCCGCCUCCUCCUCCUGGCGCUGCUCUGCGCGGCCCCCGCGGCCGCGGCGCCUCCGCCCUGGGAGCCGGCGUGGAGCGAUCCCAACCAUCCCAACCAUCCCAAUUCCUGGGGCUGGGGGGACACGGAGCAGCCGCAUUCCCGGUGGCAUUCCCGGGCGCAGAUCCCGGUGGAAGUGCAGUGCCAGGAGGCGCAGCUGGUGGUCACCGUGCACCGCGACCUGUUCGGCACCGGCCGCUUGGUCAGCGCCGCCGAGCUCAGCCUGGGCCCCGCCGCCUGCAAACAUUCCCGCAUGGAUCCGUCCCAGAAAACCGUCACCUUCAGCGCCGGCCUGCACGAGUGCGGCAGCACCGUCCAGGUCACUCCGGAUUCCCUGAUUUACCGGACGCUCCUGAGCUACGAUCCCAGCCCCGGCAGCAAUCCCGCCAUCGUGCGCAGCGACCCGGCCGUCAUUCCCAUCGAGUGCCACUACCCCAGGCGGGAUAACGUCUCCAGCGGCUCCAUCCGUCCCACCUGGUCUCCCUUCAACUCGGCCCUGGCCUCCCAGGAGAAGCUCCUGUUCUCCCUGCGCCUCAUGAACGAGGACUGGAGCUCGGAGCGGGAUCUCUCGGCGUUCCGCCUGGGGGACGUGCUGAACAUCCAGGCCGAGGUGGGCGCCCACAGCCACGUCCCCCUGCGCCUCUUCGUCGACUCCUGCGUGGCCACGCUGGGCCCCGGCGCGGGCACCGAGCCCCACUACGCCAUCAUCGACUUCAACGGCUGCCUGGUGGACGGGCGCUCCGAUGCCACCAGCUCGGCCUUUGUCACCCCCCGGCCGCGGCAGGACGUGCUGCGCUUCCAGAUCGACGCCUUCCGCUUCGCCGGCGACCCCCGCAGCCUGAUCUACAUCACGUGUCACCUGAAGGUGACACCGGCCGAGCAGAGCCCGGACGCGCAGAACAAGGCCUGCUCCUUCAGCAAGGCGCGCAACACCUGGGCGCCCGUGGAGGGGACAAGGGACAUCUGCAGCUGCUGCGAGCUGGGCAACUGCGGCCGGAGGCCAGCGGAGACCUGGAACGGCCACCGCUACCGGAGACAGGACGGGGACGGUGCCACCUCCGAAGCUGACGUUGUCAUCGGUCCCGUGCUGCUCUCGAGUGCCCAGCCUGGCCAGCGCCCCGAGGGCCACCAGGGCGCGGUGGCCCCGCUGGCCGUGGGGACAGCGCUGGCCUGUGCGGUGGCCGGGGUGGCCGUGGCCGGAGCCGCGCUGGCCAUCGGCCUCAGGCGCCGGAAUUCCCCCUGAACCCCGGAAUGAGCGACGGAAAUCCCGAUAAAUCCCACAAGGACCGAUGGAAAUCCCAAACAAUCCCACAAGGAUCAAUGGAAAUCCUGAUAAAUCCCACAAGCCACGGUGUCCGAGGGGUCACUCUGGGAGGGAAUCCCCGGAAUGAGGCAGGGAGGGUGACCAGUCCUGUCCCAGUGUCCUCAUUCCCAUCCCAGUGUCCCCAUUCCCAUCCCAGUAUCCCCAUUCCCUUCCCAGUGUCCCCAUUCCCAUCCCAGUGUCCCCAUUCCCAUCCCAGUAUCCCCAUUCCCUUCCCAGCGUCCCCAAUCCCAUCCCAGUUGUCCCUAUUCCAGUGUCACCAUUUCCAGUGUCUCCAUUCCCAUCCCAGUGUACCCAAUCCCAUGUCCCCAAUCCCACUGUCCCCAUUCCAUCCCACUGUCCCCAUUCCC